AUGGAAGCGCUCAGCGCCAGGGCCCUCGACUUCCUCCCCGAUUUCCCCUUCGGCAUCGCAAAGCAGACCAAGUCGUCGCUCCUUCGGCUCUCCCUUCUCUGUCAUUCCUUUAUCGUUGGACCUCACCUUUGUUGUCCAACCACACCAACUCUUGAUACUCCGAGGCUCCUAGACGGAAUCCUCAGCUUCAGCAGUGCUGUCGACCGCUCCCAGACUGGUUCUGAAUCACCACCGAUAGUCCGACUAUCCCAACGCGACACUCCAACCACUACCACCAACCUCAAAGCAUCCCACAAAUUUCACCUCAUUUUCGUCCUCGCCAUCCUGGCCUCGGCCAGCCCCAUUCGCGCUCCUCUCGAGAAGCGUCUCGUGAAGCGUGUCCUCACUACCGAGUGGGUCUAUGAGUAUGUCACCGUCACCGUCACCGAGGGCGAUGCCCCCGAGACCGAGAAGCCUGCGCCCACCGCCGUUGUCUUCCUUGAGGAGCCCGCGCAGCCUGCUCCUGAGCCCACCACCGAGGUUAAGAAGCCCGUGAGCCGCCGACCCAAGCAGAAGCCUACUACCAAGGAGGCUCCUGCCCCCAAGCCUACCUAUGUCGAGCCCGAGCCCGAGCCCGUGAAGGAGGAGCCCUCGGUUGUCGUUGUCACCACCAAGCAGGAGCCAACCACCAAGGAGGAGGCUAAGCCCGUCGCCACUGAGGAGUCUGGCAGCUCCAGCGGCUCCUACGACCUGUCCCUUGAGGGCGACUACAAGUCCGUCAUGCUCAACUACCACAACAUCCACCGCUCCAACCACUCUGCUCCCGAUCUGGUCUGGGACGAGACCCUCGCCGGCUACGCUGAGAACACCGCCAACGGCUGCGUUUUCGAGCACGACAUGACGCAGGGCAACGGUGGCUACGGCCAGAACCUCGCCUCUUGGGGUUCUACUAGUGAUAUCGAUGCCAUGCAGAAGAAGUCCGCCGCCGGUGGUAUCACCAACCAGUGGUACAACAGUGAGAUGGGCAACUGGGCCUUCUACGGUCAGGAGAACCCCCCUGAUGGCAUGAACAUCCAGCUCUACGGCCACUUCACCCAGGUUGUCUGGAAGGACUCCACCAAGGUCGGCUGUGCCACUGUCAAGUGCCCUGCUGGCUCUGUCCUCCAGUACCCCUCUUGGUACACCGUCUGCAACUACAACCCUCAGGGUAACUUUGGCGGCCGCUACGGCGACAACGUCCUCCAGCCCAAGGGUGAGAAGCGCGUCACCGUCUAA